AUGAAUCAAUGUAUGCAUACAACAGACACAGAGCGACCAAUAUGGGAAGGGAAACAAGUGCUUCGGGAGGAAAACAGUGUUGCGUCCGACGGUCCAUUACCACCAUUCUCGGAUCCUCAGUCUGCGCCUGUUGGAGGGACACCAGUUGACGCUGAGCCGAAAGAAAAGUUGAUGUACAUAAUGCGAGGUGCUCCGGGUUCCGGUAAGUCAACAGUGGCCCGGGACCUUCUCGUCAAGCACGGCAACAAAGGCUGUAUCCUGAGUACGGACGACUUUUUCUGUAUUGACACGGGUAACUACGAGUUCAAUGCGGCCAAACUGGCCGAGGCACACGAAUGGAAUCAGGAACGAGCACGAGAUGCUAUUUCUUCCAGAAUGUCGCCAAUCAUCAUUGACAAUACGCACACGCAAAAAUGGGAGGCCAAACCAUAUGUUGAGAUGGGACUCAAGCAGGGAUACUCUAUUGUUGUGGUUGAGCCCGAAACGCCGUGGUGGAAGGAGAAGAAUGUGACAGAACUUGCCCAACGGAAUACGCAUGGGGUUUCAGCAGAAGCCAUUCAGCGCAUGGUGGAGCGUUGGGAAGAUGACUUUACCGUAGAUGCCAUCUUGGCCUCAGAGCGACCGGGUAGUCGCAGAGACUCUCCUCGAGACAUGGCUAUGGCUCAGGCAAGAGAAGAAGGACGCCAGCAGGCCAGUCUCGAGAUUGCUGAAAGACUUCGUGUUCUGGCGAUCCUCACUGAAGAGCAGAUCAUUGAAGUGACGACUCUUAGCGUACAUAUAGAGCGAUAUUAUGCGCAACCCCAAUUCACAUCCAGAGGUCGCCCAUCACGAGGGUCACCUUAUUCGACUGCAUCUUGGAGUAGGACGGAACAGGGGACGCGCGGGCGGUACUCUGACCGGUUUUACUCACGUGGUGGGCGAGGCGAUACCUUUUGGACCCAUCAUCGACGGGAUGACUCUGGGACAUCAAGCUUUACAAGUUAUUCAGAUGAUAGGAAUGUGUUCCCGCAAUACGAUGGUUCGCGGGGACGGCAUCAUUCCCGUGGUUUCCGUGGUGAAUGGCGGAAUAGAUGA